CCCAACUGCAUUUUGAGCCAGGCUCUGCUGCCCAGGAGACAAGUAACUAUGGCCUACCACAGCUUCCUGGUGGAGCCCAUCAGCUGCCAUGCCUGGAACAAGGACCGCACACAGAUCGCCAUCUGCCCCAACAACCAUGAGGUACACAUCUAUGAGAAGAGCGGUGCCAAGUGGAACAAGGUGCACGAGCUCAAGGAGCACAACGGGCAGGUGACAGGCAUCGACUGGGCCCCUGAGCAUAACCGCAUUGUGACCUGUGGCACAGACAGCAAUGCCUAUGUGUGGACGCUGAAGGGCCGCACGUGGAAGCCCACACUGGUCAUCCUCCGGAUCAAUCGAGCUGCCCGCUGUGUGCGCUGGGCCCCCAGUGAGAACAAGUUCGCUGUGGGCAGCGGCUCCCGGGUCAUUUCCAUCUGUUAUUUUGAGCAGGAGAAUGACUGGUGGGUGUGCAAACACAUCAAAAAGCCCAUCAGCUCCACUGUCCUCAGCCUGGACUGGCAUCCCAACAACGUGCUCCUGGCAGCAGGCUCCUGUGACUUCAAGUGCAGGAUCUUCUCUGCCUAUAUCAAGGAGGUGGAAGAACGGCCAGCCCCUACACCGUGGGGCUCCAAGAUGCCCUUUGGGGAGCUGAUGUUUGAAUCGAGCAGCAGCUGUGGCUGGGUGCACGGUGUCUGCUUCUCGGCCAGUGGGAGCCGAGUUGCUUGGGUCAGCCAUGACAGCACUGUAUGCCUGGUAGAUGCUGACAAGAAGAUGGCCGUGGCAACCCUGGCCUCUGAGACAUUACCACUCUUGGCCGUCACCUUCAUCACAGAAAAUAGUCUAGUGGCAGCAGGCCACGACUGCUUCCCGGUGCUGUUUACCUAUGACAAUGCUGCGGUGACAUUGAGCUUCGGUGGCCGGCUGGAUGUUCCCAAGCAGAGCUCCCAGCGUGGCAUGGCAGCCCGAGAGCGCUUCCAGAACCUGGACAAGAAGGCCAGCUCUGAGGGGGGUGCAGCCACUGGGGCUGGCCUGGAUUCACUGCACAAGAACAGCAUCAACCAAAUCUCGGUGCUCAUCGGGGGCAAGGCCAAGUGCUCACAGUUCUGCACUACAGGCAUGGAUGGUGGCAUGAGCAUCUGGGACGUGAAGAGCCUGGAGUCAGCCUUGAAGAACCUGAAGAUCAAAUGAACUGCUGGGAGGGAG